GCAGCUUUGAAAAGCAACCAUGUAAAUUCCAUGGCAAAGGGUCCUCUUUUCCACACUGGUGGAGCUCCAUCCUCCUCUGAGCAGUCUAAGGCUGUGGUGGCUACUAGUGGUCCCAAGGUUACGCUGCUUCAGCAGAAGAAAGCAGACACUCUUGAGCAGUUGAAGGAGACACUUCGGAAAAAACAGGAAAUGUUGGAGCAGAAGCGUAACGGGUACCGCAAAAAAAUUGGCGACGCUCGAAAAACAAGGUACGGUUGUCAAGGGCGAGGACACAUGUUGCAGCUUGUCUGGGUAACACGUCAAAGCAGCAGAGAGAGCAAUAAUAACAGCAACAACAACAGUAAUAGUCUCUCUGUUUCUUGUGACCACCUUAUCAGCAAAAGCAAGUGCGCUUCUAAUGACCCAAAACCAGGAGAUGAAGUCAAGACCUCCUCUACAGAAAAACUAGAGAAUACAAAUGUUUCUGAAGACAACGACAGUACCUUGGAUAAACAAGAGACCAAAGAAAGCGACAACGAUAACAAUAAAAGUAACCACGAGUCCUUUCGAAGGAGCUUCUGAGGCGAUUGUAGCUACAGGAACUGAUGAAGAUCAGUCUGAACAAAUCCGUGAGUGAGGUAAUCUUUUUGUCUCAGAAACAUAUCUUUGAUCUUGGGAUCUGGUAUUAGUGAUCUUUUUCUCCGUUUUAGGCUAUUUAGCCAAUUCGUGAGACGUUGAUAUUUGUUGGUAGCAAAAGAUAUAUCUAAGUAAUUUUAUUUUUUCCUUUUUUUCGAUAGUAGAAUGUGAAAAAGAAAAGAGAGAAAAGAGAAGACAGAAAAAAAAGUGUAUUGUUACAUUUGG